AUGUUGUAUUUUCCACAAAUAAAAAAUACAACCCCACAGAUUGGAGAUUUUGGUGCUACAGAAACUGCUCUCACUUCUGCUCCUCUUUUUGUGCACUCUUUUUUGGAGACUUCUCUCUUAGGGAGCAGACCAGCAAAUUUGAGGAAACUGGAUGGGGCAGUUCUUACUGUGUUGAAUUGUUUAAAAAAUGGGCAACCUGUUCCUUUCCCUCUCCUUUCUACCCCUUUUAUCAUAUUUGUUUUAUUUUUUUCUCUGGGUAAUGGACUAAAGCCUGUUUUGAAAUUGGUAUAUUCUGGUGGGAAACUGAAAAAACUGGAUGAAAUUAGAUUAGGCUCUUUAGAACUGCCUUUAAUGUGCCUUUUUAUUCAUUUGAGAAAGGAUAAGGCUAAACACAAGGAUGGGCUUGUUUGUAGCAAAUGA